AUGUCCAAUCCAGUAAAAGAUGAUGAAAAAUUGUUGUCAACACAAUUAGUGCAUGAUAAAACGGAUAAUGCUGUUGAUGCAACAGUAAAGGAUGGCGAGUGUACUCUGGAACAAUUUAAUAAAAAUGUGACAGUAAAAGAUGAUGAAAAAUUGUUGUCAACACAAUUAGUGCAUGAUAAAAAGGAUAAUGAUGUUGAUGCAACAAUAAAGGAUGGCGAGUGUACUCUGGAACAAUUUAAUAAAAAUGUGACGGUAAAAGAUGAUGAAAAAUUGUUGUCAACACAAUUAGUGCAUGAUAAAAAGGAUAAUGAUGUUGAUGCAACAGUAAAGGAUGGCGAGUGUACUCUGGAACAAUUUAAUAAAAAUGUAUUAUGCAAACUGUAA